GGAGGACGAACUUAGGUUCUAUGCUAGGUAGGUAACUGAGAGCAUUCUCUAACCCAUUUUAUUAGAGUCUGACCUGUUUAUAGCAAGGCUCAAUAUGUCCGGCAACUGAAGCGAUGGAAACUAGAGAAGAACGAUACCGGAGACACGUGGAAGUACAUUGCCACGCAAACGCAAAAGAGGAAACUAGAAGGAAAAGAUUUCGAGGUCUAUAUAAACGGAAUUCAAAUCCCGGCCAAGAAACUGAGAAAGGAGAUUUCUAGGUAUGGGGGCACUCGAUUCCCAGCUGAUAUAGAAUCAGGCAAGUAGCUUUAGUUCUUACGAGUGAAUGGCAAUCGUUAUAGAAGCUGACCCUAUCUUUGCAUCAUCACAGCUUAUGUCCCAGGUGGGGUCGUUGUCUGUACUCCUGCGCAACAGACCUAUGGGGAUAUCGAUCAUACGCAGAUUCUGUGGUUUGAGGUUCGAGAUCUGAUUGCGUCAAUAAUUUCGAGGCAUGCUGCGACUAAGACUACUCUGCCUACUCUGCCUACUCCAUCAGGAAGCAAAGACACAGUCGAGUUUUUACUCAAGGCAGGUGCUGAUGUCAACGCUUCUCCCAAUGAUAAUGGCGGCCUCACAACGAUCCAGGCUGCUUCAAAAGCCGGAAGGAUGGAUAUAGUCAAGUUGUUGAUCAGCGCUGACGCGGACGUGAAUGCGCCCCCAGCUUUUGAUGGUGGGCGAACAUGCCUCCAAGCAGCGGCUGGAAUGGGGCACUAUGAACUUGUCAAAAUUUCCCUAGACUUAUGUGCCAAUGUUAACGAGCCGGCAGCAUUGAAGAGCGGAAGGACUGCCCUCCAAGCUGCUGUAGAAUCUAGGACUAACCAUAAGAUAUUCGAAAAACUACUCGACGAGGGCGCCGACGUUAACGGGGAACCAAGCCUUGGUGGCAAGACUGCCCUCAGCGCGGCAAUUUAUAAUCGCGAUUAUGAGCAGACUCUGUAUUUGCUAAGAAAGGGAGCUGAGCCUAGCGGAUACGGUGCCGACGGGGAGCCUCUUAGAAUUUCCAUCAAAUCCGGGAUGAUCGACAUGGUGCUUUGCCUUUUAAAUGCCGGUGCUGAUACACUUACCCUAGGUAUACUAACUAUUACAAUCAUACGAGGCAAACCAUUGUUGGAAACUGCAAUCGAUACCGGUAACCUAGAUAUUGUGCGUAUUCUUAUAGAUGCUAACGCGGACCUAGUUACCACCUCUGCCAUAAAACAAGCGGUUUAUGGAGGUCAUACCGACGUCACGAAACUACUGAUCGAAAAAUUACGCCCAGACCCAGUGAAAAUUGGCAGAAACGUGUUAGCGAAGGCAAUUAAGAAUGGAAAUUUCGAUGUAAUCCAUAGACUGCUAGACCUGGGAGCUGAUGUGGAUGUGAGCUGUGGCCGUCCGUUACGCGCAGCUGCCAGGAAGGGAUACCUCCAGAUCCUACUAGAAGCUAGAGUGAAUGCGAAUGCUUCUGAUGAGUGUCCGAUAUACGGCAGCACAGCUCUCCCGGCAGCAGUGUCCGAGGGACACAUGGACAUUGUUGAAGCAUUGAGGGCAGCUGGCGCGGACAUCAACGCGGUGCCAAGCAACGGAAACACAGCUCUACAGGCCGCUGUGAGCAGCGGUUCCGCCCACAUGGUUGAGUAUCUUCUGUUGCAGGGUGCCGACGUCAACGGCCCGGCAAGUGGCAGGCACGGCGAGACUGCGCUGCAGAUCGCGGCCAAGCAAGGCUUCCUAGGCAUUGCGUUGAUACUGCUUAAAGCCGGGGCCGAUAUAAACGCGGCGCCGUCGAACUUCGGCAAACCGCGCUCGAUGCUGCUGCGGAGAACGGGCACCUCGACAUGGUAUAUCUCUUGCUUCAGAACGAUGACGACGAGGAAGACAAGGAAGAAAAAUGCAGGGACGCGGCCGAGCUGGCGUUUGAGGCUGGACACCUCGUUCUGGCUAGCCUGCUUCGCACAUGGAAGAAUUGACCCGCAGAACAAGAUCAAAGCUUGUAUUGAAAGGUUCAAAGGGCCUGGCGAAGGAUAUAAAAGGUACAUAGUGUGAGAUACUUAUGUAUGUACUACGCUAAUUAAGGCAGCAGUUGUAUUGAAUAAGAGAGAGAAGAGCACUACAUAUAGGUAGUAUGAACAAAUGGAGAAAUUGUCAAAUACAUAAC